GAAAUGACGGAGACAUACCUCUAUGAUCCGGAUAUUUUAUUAAAAUUGGAUUUCCAUCAAAGUCCAGCCAAAUUCAAUCCAUUUAUUUCAGCAGCUUGCCCUGGUGAAACAUGGCUCAAGGUCAGACCCUUGAAGGAUGGUGAUUAUGAUCGUGGCUUCCUGCAAUUAUUGUCACAAUUGACUCAUGUCGGUCCAGUUUCAAGGACACAAUUUUUAACUCGUUUUUCUCAAAUGAAAGCCAGUGGAGAUUACUUUGUCACUGUCAUUGAGGAUACACGUAAAAAUGAAAUCAUUGGUGCUGCUUCUCUGGUUAUUGAACGUAAAUUUAUACACAACUGUGCAAUUCGUGGCCGUUUGGAGGAUGUGGUUGUCAAUGACACCUAUCGUGGCAAACAGUUGGGAAAACUAAUUGUUGUCACCGUUUCAUUGCUGGCUCAAUAUUUGGGUUGUUACAAAAUGUCAUUGGAUUGCAAGGAUAAAUUGAUCAAAUUCUACGAAUCAUUGGGUUAUGUACUCAUACCCGGUAAUUCCAAUUCAAUGACAAUACGUUAUGAUGAAUCUCCGGCGGUUAAAAAUAAUUUAACGGCAUUCAAUCGGGCCACGCCAUUGGCCAAUACACCAACAUCUGUUAAUGUUGAGGGUGUUUCCGCCGCAGCCGGCUCCUCUGCUCCUAAUGGUGUUGAUGCUUGCCAAACAGUGAGCCUUGAAAUUAACUCUUGACAAUUAGCCGCCAGCACUGCCACUAAAUCAAAACUUUAAAUUUUUUGUUUCUUUA